UUCUAGCAACGUUUCAUCUACAUUUUCCAACUUAUCGCUCUAUAGAAGUAGAAGUUUUAACGUGAAGACAGAAAGACGUUCAAAGUUAGUAUUCGUUGGAACAGGUAGACUGCAGACACCGCAACUGCUGAAGGAACUACCUCUUGUAGAGACUGUGAAGAGCGAAUUCACAUCAAGGCACAGUUUAGAAUGGAAGUUCCUCUACUUAGACCAUAGAGCUCCUCCCAUUAUUGGCUAUCUGCCUUUUGAACUUUGGGCACCUCAGGCUACGACUACUACCACAUUGAUGAUCUGGAGAAGGUAGUAAAAUGCCACGAAGCGCUAAUGCAAAAAGGAGAAGGCACCUCAUGUUAUUAUAGAUUCUUAACUAAAGGUCAGCAAUGGAUUUGGUUGCAGACGAGGUACUACAUUACUUAUCAUCAAUGGAACUCUAAGCCUGAAUUUAUUGUUUGUACACAUAGAGUAGUAAGUUACUCGGAUGUCUUAAAACAGUAUCGCGAGGGUUCCAAUAGUGAGUCACUGUCCACAGCGUUUGGCGAGCAAUCACCAGCCAUGAGCGUGAAGACAACAGGAGGAGGAGGCUUGUCUUGGCUGAGUUCCAGCGGGGGCGACGCGAAGUCUAGAGGCACCAUUAGGCCAGGCUCGGCCUCGGAUUGCACAUCAGUUUCGUGUGAUUCCCCUGGGUCAAAAUAUUCGUCUUCCAUCCACCGACCAGCUCACAAACGUUCUACCAGUUAUCAGGGUCACCAAACGCAUCACAGUCAGCAACAAUCUCUGACCGGCAAGACGAUACCUGUCAAUCAGCACCAGUCGACGGCUCCAUCACCUGACCAACAAGCAGUACCACUUUCGCCUCAACAGCAACAUAUGAUGACCGCGCAGGUGCAACCGCAGGCGAUGUCACCCCAGGCGUUCGUGGAACCACCUCCGCCGCAGUACGUGGCUGCAAUACCACUACAGUCUGCUACUAUAGUGCCCAAUUUUGCUACUGCUCCACCUGCGGCGGUGCUAUCACCAUUACCGGAGGUCGACAACAUGGUGAUGUCAUCCGCUCAGUCUCAGCUUCAAGUUGAUCUUCAGAGAAAACAUGCGCAGCUUCAAGCUAUCAUCGAUCAACAGCAACAGGAACUGAGGAGGGUAUCUGAACAGUUGCUCAUGGCUAGGCUUGGAUUGUUGCCUGGGUCACAAGCACAAGCCGUUGUGCAAAACGUUCCGAUGCAGUAUCACCAAUCAGUGACGACAUCAGUUACCGGAGCCCCAUCCUGUACCGUCAGCAGUACCUCGGCAGCCGGUUCAGCCCCAACAGAUGAGAUGCUGCAUGGAGUACCGGGGGGUGGACAGGUGAUCGUUCCUGUAUCGGGGUCGCUACAACCUCCUGUGGGAGGACCCGCGCCUCAACCGUCAGUCUCAGGUCAUACUCAUAUCACUGCUACGAUCAUCUAUAGCCAGCCGGACUCAAAUACGCAAGGAAAGUGAACAAGUGUCAAAUUGACUCUAAACGAAGAGUUAUGAUUGAUAGUGUGCUUUAUAUUAUUGAAACUAGUUUGCUCUUCUGAUACCUGUUUAUAAGUCCAGGAGAUAAAUACGUUUGGCUAUGCAAAAGGGAUGCACCGAAAACCACUUUUGUCAAAACGCGAUUAGCAGAUGCUCUGACAGAUUCGAGUACUGAUUACGAGAUACUCGGUACAUUGAUUUGCUCUGUUACUGUUAGUGAUUAUAUUUGAGUUUCUAAAAGGUCUCUUUACUAAAAAAAAAUAUUCAUCCGUCCACGUUCACGCACCAACAGAAGAGUUUCCAGAAGUUUUGCUCAUCAAAUAGUCAAGACUCUUGCAACAGUUAGAUAUACAGGGUGUUAGGGAAAUAAUGCUCAUAACUUCAAGUGGUGAUUGCUUGCAUUAUUCUAAGCAAAAAAAGUUAAUUCUAACGUAUGUCCGAAAAUCAAUCGUUUUCAAGGAAAGUGAUUCGUAAAUAAUUAAAUUUUCUCAAACAUUUGGCAACGCUGCAACGCAACCGCGAUACGAGCGCACGACGACCGCAACUGUUUACGUUUGUAUGAUAUUUUUGUUGAAAAUAUGCCUUGAAUUAUUGAAUAGUUUUACGCAAUUUUUCGUGGCUGAUAUUUUUUAUUUAACAACGCUUUCAGUACAGUACAUUGACUUAAAAAAAAUGACAGAACUUACCAGAGAUACACACCACCAAUUCCCACGAUUAUCAGUCACUUGCUUGAAACGAUGCGAUGCACGAAAAAAGAAAACCAACAUCCGUAAAUCAUAUAAAGUUACAGUUAAAUGUAUUGGUAAUCACAACAACAUGCGAUGAUAUAUUAUGCAGUGCAGGCGGGGUACGACAUUGCCAGUUGUGUGAGGGAUUUUGUUUGUCUGUUUUUCUUCGGAAAAUUGUAUUUUUAAUAAGCAAGAAAAUUAUUUUGUUACACACAGCUAAUUAAUAGAUAGAUGUAUUGUUACAUUUUACUCUAUUAGGCAUAUGAAUUUGAAUUAUUAAGGUGAAUAAUUAAUUUAUUUCAUGACUAAAAAGAAAUAAGUUCAGCAUGUUUUUACUCCGAAACGGUUGAUUUUCGGACAUAGGUUAUAAUGAACUUUUUUCAUCAGAAUAAUGCAAGGAAUCACCUCUUAAAGUUACGAAUAUUAUUUCCCUAACACCCUGUAUACGAUUACGUUUUACUCUGGUAUUCAGCUACGAUAUUGAGUUAAAAAUGAAACCAUAUUUGGAAAUCACAUUUUUGUAACAUUUGUUUUUAAUAUCUCCUAUUGCAAAAGAAUAGAUAAAAGGUAUCGAUAUCGUUAACCUGCACUGUUCUUGAAGGUAGAUAACAUGAGGCUUCAUGCUAUUACCUAAUAGCAUCGCUGUCAACCAUGAGCCGGUAUGAACAUUUCUUGACGUGAAGGUUAAAUGAAGAGAAACAUUGUUUAUGUACCAUGGGGGCGGAAGUUAUAGUUGUUUGGAAGUUCAUGCAAAAAGAUUCUUCUAAAUAAUGUUUUUAACUAAAAUGUGCAGGAUUCUGAUUUGUUUCAAAACUCUAAAACUUCCUUUGCCAAUAGAAAUGGAAUCUACUUAAAAAUAUGACAACUUUGUUACAGACAUCACAGAAUAUGUUUUUCUAUAAAGUAUAAAUUAUCGUUGUUACUUGUAUUCAUAUGAUCAAGAAAAUUUUAAAUAAUUUGGCCCUUAAAACCCUUAGAAGCUCGAAAAGACACGAUAUUGAAGAAUUACAUUUUUUGAUUACCCGCUCGAGUAUUUUGAUACUCGCCGAUAGAGCCGAGUACUAGCUGCAUCCCUAGUAUGCAAAAAAAUUGUUGGAGUAAAACAAUCCAAACUUAUUUACACCUUAUGUCGCUUAGGUGUUUACGUAUUUGUUUCCUGGAUGUAUACACAGGCAUUGAAACGAGCACGUUUUAUUAUUUAUUGAAUCGUUUUUUAAACAUUUCUCCGAUGCUUUGAAAGGCUUACUAUCACUUCUCAACUAUUUGAAGUGAGACUCAAGUUUAUAACACCUUGUAAGACCGCAGUCUCAUACCACCUUUUCUAUUCAGAUCAGUAUACAGUGCCGGCCAACGUGGUUUUUCCAUUUUGAUUUCCAUGUGUACGAGAGAGAAGCGUAUUGAAGAGAGUGCGUAAUAUAACCGUCGUCACCGCGUUGCCUGGCAAUGGCAGUGGUGGAGAGCGCGGAGUAACUUACGUAUUGCAAGGUGUAGCACGCUUCUCUCUCUCUCUCUCUCUCUCUAUCGUAGACAUGGAAAUCUGAAAGGAAAAAGAACAUUUCCGAACACUGUAUGUUUCAAAUCUAGUUUGUAUAGAGAAAGACGUUAAGCUCGGAUUGCCUAUCGAAUACCUACCACCAAUGCUUUAAAAUUAGUUCAAUGGUAGAUUUUGAGUUCAGUUAUACUGACAACUCAAGAAAUACGUUUCGAUAAUGGUAUAAUGUAUUCGUCAGCAUGAAGUUGUCCAUGCUAUCACGACGACGUCUUGGUGGUGAGGAACGCUUACGGGACUACAACCUCACCGGUUUAUCGCUAAGUUGAACGAUUUGACGUGCCUAUCUAAAAAGAUCGUAAGUCACAAUUUUAAGAUCUCUAUAAGAAAGUUUUCAAUUAGUAUAAGAAUUGUAAAUAUUAGCCAUUUUAAAUUUUAUAUUUUCAAAAAUAAAGUAUCAUCGUAUGUAUUUUUCCAUCAAUUUUAUAUUGACAUAAGGUCAUAUAUCACGUUUCUUAUGAGUUGGUAUUAUAUGUGUCAUCAUCUACAUUUUUGUCUGUUUCACCGUUCAUAAAGGACAUGAGCGAUUUUCCAAUGUUUCAAAUUUUGUUCCGUCUCUCCUGCAUAUCUUUUAGAUGAGUACCUCAAAUUAUUGAUAUGAAGUAGAUAUCUACGGUCACGAGAACCAAAAGGCAAUGAAAGCUAUCAGAAGAUCACGAUUAAUGGAUAGUUAGGCCUUUCAUUGCUUUGAGAAAGCAAGAGACACGUUUUCGUAUCUUAGAAAAAUCAGUGCUAUGUAAUGUGUUACCAUGAUAUUUGCAAGUUUUUGAAUGACAUUUACUCAAGUUGUAAGUGAAUAUAGAUAUAUGGACUGAGUUAUUUUUUUAUCUGUACAUAUCAGUGGUAUAUACUGGAUUUGUUAGUUUCCUUUUACACCGUAAAGAUCGUAAUUUUCAUGUAAUACACUUUUCCUUCACCCCCGCAGGGCUGUUUCGUAUCUUGAAAAGUGACAUUGUGUCAUUUUCUGACAUUAUAUAGGUUUUUUGUGACAUUAUGUAGGUUUUUCUACAAGAUGUCCACUCAGCACUAGCUAUUGUACACUUGUUGUGUACUCGUUCCGUAGCUGUACGUGUUGCCUAAAUGUCAUGAUGCUUCAGCUAUCAAUGUUUGAAUCUGAUGUGAUGUAACAUCUCGUUCAGAGGUAGCAUUAUUCUAUUGGUCUCUUGUCUCAAAUAUACAUACUUGAGAUGUGUCCAAAGGUAAAAAUUAAUUACGCAUCCGCUUUUUCAACCUAGAAAUUGCAUAUGCAAAUUUGCUGAAUUUCAGAAAAGAAAGCGAUAGGAAAAGAAAAUCCUUGUUUGAUAAAACUAAUAGGUGAGAAAAUAUGGUACAUACACGAAUAUUUAUAUAUAUAUAUAUAUAUAAACGUAAAAAAGUUAUU